AUGUUGGCCAGCCGAUGUUUGUUUUUAUGCAAACCACUUAUUGGUUCAAAUCAAGGAAAGAAAUACGCUGAGAUAGCCGGUUUACACAUUGUUAGACAUAAGGGAUAUGUUCAUCGAAAUCCAAUGAAUACCGGUAUUGUUUUUGUUCCCCACAAAGAGGCAUGGGUGGUAGAACGUAUGGGAAAAUUUUACAAAGUAUUAGAUCCUGGAGUAAAUUUAUUGUUACCACUCUUAGAUAAAGUAAGAUAUGUCCAGAGUUUGAAGGAAAUUGCUAUAGUUAUUCCUAAACAGAGUGCAAUCACUUCUGAUAAUGUUACAUUAAAUAUAGAUGCUGUUCUGUAUUUAAAAGUAUUAGAUCCCUAUUUAGCUAGUUAUGGAGUUGAAGAUCCAGAAUAUGCAAUCACUCAAUUAGCUCAAACAUCAAUGAGAGCAGAUGGUGAGGCGACAGCUUUAUUAGCUAUCGCUGAAGCUAAAGCAAGAGGUUUAGAGGUUAUAGCUAAAAGUCUACAAUGCCCUGAUGGGAAAAAUGCUGCUGCGUUAAAUGUAGCACAACAAUAUGUUUCAGCUUUUAAUCAAUUAGCACAAAAAGGUAAUACAUUAAUAAUACCCAGCAAUGUCAAUGAUGUUUCUCAAGUUGUUGCUCAAGCUCUGACCAUAUAUCAAAAGAUUAACCAGUCUUCUUCAGAUCAUUUAUUAGAUAGUGAAAAAGUUUAUGGAGAUAAUACGAGUAAUUUUGAUGAUGACACCAGUGAAACAGAAUUACCAAUAAAGUCAGCAAAAUCUGAAGGAUAA